AAUAUAUCUCCACCAUACCAUCUCGACCUAUAAGGCCAUAUCUGAUACAUGAAAUCAACCUCAUGCUACCAGAAUGACCCAAGAAUAACACCACGACUACCCUACCACCAUCAUAUUGAUUCCCCGUGUAAACCUAUAAAUCCCUUACCAAGCACAACCCUCAACAACAAAAAGCAAAAAAAACCCCCAAGCAUGCACCACAUCACCACCACACUCCUGGCCAUACUCCUCCCCCUCUUCACAGGCCUCGUCCACGCCAACGUGGAGAAAACAAUUUUCCUGGGCCCGCCAGCUACAACGAUUCCAUCGGCCGCACCCGAUCUCGACGAUCUGGGUUUGGAGCGAGUCUCGCCUCAGAAUGCAGUCGUACGCACCCAAUUGAAUGCGUCAUUUCCGACGGCCGAGGCCCCCGAUGGAUCGGAUUCUUGGUUCUUUCUGGAGAACCUCACGCCUGGACAGCGGUAUGAAGUUCGGAUUUGUUGGUUAGCCACGCAACCAACAACCUUCACCCUAACAACCCACCCCCUCCCCGACACAGUAACCUCCCCAAUCCUCCUCACCUCCCUCAGCAAAUUCUCCUCAUCUCGCCUCUCAAACCCCGACACCCAACUCCAAAUCAACCCCAACACCCUCACUCGCCGCAGCAAUGUCGAUUCCGCACCAACAACCGACUCAAUCCUCUUCCUACGCAUCCGCGCCGCAGCAGACUACUUCUCACUCAACGAGACGCUGAUGCGCGACGUCCCGCCCGUGGCGGUCGAUGUGAUUCUCGAUCCGUUUUUGUGGAAUGUGUUUCCGCGGUCGUUGGUGCCGACUGCGGGGUGGAUUGUUGUUGUUGCGGUUUUGGCCGGGGUGGUUGGUAGGUGGGUGGUGGCUGAGGUGGGGAGGGUUAUUGAGGAUGCGAGGGUUGAGAGGAGUGAAGAGGAGGAGGGGAAGAAGGAGAAGUAGGUUUAUGUAUGUGGUUUUUUGUAUGAUUAGGGGCGUCGGAAUGAUUAUGGCGUUUUUAUGGACUUGCACUGUGUAAUUUAGGACUGGUUUGUAUGCUUCUAAGGGAAGUGUGAUAUGUGCUCAUCUUUAUGUAGCUCAUCUGCUUAUACGACUAGAUUGUCGAGUAUUUACUAUCCAGAUC